AUUCUCUGAACUCAAUGACCAGCCGCGAACACGAACUCACUACUACCAUCUUCAUCAACUCCCUCUCACUGCUUGAAUCACACCAGCUAUCCGAGGGCGACUUCUGCCCGAUAUGUCUCGUCCCCUUUCAAGAUAUCCUCAACGAAAAGCCGAUCUCGGAGGAUUCUGCUAUUGGGGUUACUCAGCUGGAAUCCUGUGGACAUAUAUUUUGCUUGAAAGAUCUCGUAGAAUGGAUCAGAGGAAUGCACGGAAACUGUCCGACCUGUAGACACAAGUUCCUGGAUAUACAACCUCCGUCAGACUCGGAUGACGAGUCCUCCGACGGUGGAGAGUAUAUUCCGGGUCCCGAUGAUGAAGAAGAAUCGCUAUACAAUUAUAACGACAUUGAAGCUGACAAUGAACUACUUACCGACGCAGACGACAACGCGUUCGAUAUGGAAACAGACGAGCUGGAGUUUGACAUUCACAAUGCCUGGGAACAAGACGGAGACACAGACCCUGACACAGAUGGCGAUUCGUCCGUGAUAGACUCGGACGAAGCUUUCCAAACCGAUGAUGGAACUAUAUCAAUACACGAGGAAGAGGAGUUGUGUCGUGGAAUCAUGGGCGACAUCCGCGAUGAUGUAGAGCAGAAGUAA